GCAACCUUGAGAUUGUAUGGGGGUUCUAUAGACAACUUCGUUACUGACAAUGUGCUAAAACUUAUAGGGGAACACGCUCAGAAUUUGACUUGUCUGUCGGUGGAGGCGUGCGACCGUAUCACUAAUCUUGGCAUAGCGAAACUCGCCGAAUGUAAACAACUCCAAAAAAUUGAUUUGACAGGUGAGACCAACUUACAAUCACAGUUCCCUGUAAGCUGUGGGCACAGGAAAAGAUAAGGGCACACAUAAAAUUUAAAAUAGAAAACAAAAUUAAUUUAUUUUACGUUUUUUCACUAUUUUUUUUUAUAUUUUACUAUAAUUUUAUCAAUAAUUAAAUUGUUUAAAAAUAACCAGUACUACAUGUCCUGUACCACAUGUCCUGUACCACAUGUCCUGUACCACAUGUCCUGUACCACAUAUCCUGUACCACAUGUCCUGUACCACAUGUCCUGUACCACAUGUCCUGUACCACAUGUCCUGUACCACAUGUCUUGUACCACAUGUCUUGUACCACAUGUCCUGUACCACAUGUCCUGUACCACAUGUCUUGUACCACAUGUCUUGUACCACAUGUCCUGUAUCACAUGUCCUGUACUACAUGUCCUGUACCACAUGUCCUGUACCACAUGUCUUGUACCACAUGUCUUGUACCACAUGUCUUGUACCACAUGUCCUGUACCACAUGUCCUGUAUCACAUGUCUUGUACCACAUGUCCUGUACCACAUGUCCUGUCUUUUUCUUCUCCUUGCACUUUUGUUACCACGGCUUGAUAUGUAUCCUCAAAAGAGGCUACAUUUUUAAACACAAAAUGUGUGUCAUCGUUUGAAGAUGAUUGGUUACAAGAGUUGGUUGAAACUGAGGCAGUGAUUGGUUACAAGAGUUGGUUGAAACUGAGGCAGUGAUUGGUUACAAGAGUUGGUUGAAACUGAGGCAGUGAUUGGUUACAAGAGUUGGUUGAAACUGAGGCAGUGAUUGGUUACAAGAGUUGGUUGAAACUGAGGCAGUGGAAUCACACAGCCCAGUUUGGGUUGAACUUAGGGAAACUUUCAAGUUUGAUCCGGACAUUGGAUUUGUUUGGGACAUUGGAGUUGUAUGCGUGUGUGUUGUUUUAACAAACCUUAAGUGGAAAGGAGAAUUUGCCAUGUUUAAAUUAUGGGCUGAUUGUAAACUGGCCUACUUAAAACACCAUCUUACCAGUAAAUCUCACUGGGCAUUAGUAACUUCUAUACAAAAUUUAAAAAACCCCUCAUAGGGGAUAGGAUGGAAGGGCAUGUCUUUUAAAAUGCCAUCCCAAAGAGAACAAAGACAAUCAGAUCUAGAACAUAAGCGAUCAAACAGAGAUGUAUACCACCUUGUGUCUAACAUCAAUUGAUACAUAUCACCUUAUGUCUAACAUCAAUUGAUGCAUAUCAUUUUGUGUCUAACAUCAGUUGAUGCACAUCACUUUGUCUCUAACAUCAAUUGAUGCACAUCACUUUGUGUCUAACAUCAAUUGAUGCACAUCACUUUGUGUCUAACAUCAAUUGAUGCACAUCACUUUGUGUCUAAGAUCAAUUGAUGCACAUCACUUUGUGUCUAACAUCAAUUGAUGCACAUCAAUUUGUGUCUAACAUCAACUGAUGCACAUCACUUUGUGUCUAACAUCAAUUGAUGCACAUCACUUUGUGUCUAACAUCAAUUGAUGCACAUCACUUUGUGUCUAACAUCAAUUGAUGCACAUCACUUUGUGUCUAACAUCAACUGAUGCACAUCACUUUGUGUCUAACAUCAACAAUUGAUGCACAUCACUUUGUGUCUAACAUCAAUUGAUGCACAUCACUUUGUGUCUAACAUCAAUUGAUGCACAUCACUUUGUGUCUAACAUCAACUGAUGCACAUCACUUUGUGUCUAACAUCAAUUGAUGCACAUCACUUUGUGUCUAACAUCAAUUGAUGCACAUCACUUUGUGUCUAACAUCAAUUGAUGCACAUCACUUUGUGUCUAACAUCAAUUGAUGCACAUCACUUUGUGUCUAACAUCAAUUGAUGCACAUCACUUUGUGUCUAACAUCAAUUGAUGCACAUCACUUUGUGUCUAACAUCAAUUGAUGCACAUCACUUUGUGUCUAACAUCAAUUGAUGCACAUCACUUUGUGUCUAACAUCAAUUGAUGCACAUCACUUUGUGUCUAACAUCAAUUGAUGCACAUCACUUUGUGUCUAACAUCAAUUGAUGCACAUCACUUUGUGUCUAACAUCAAUUGAUGCACAUCACUUUGUGUCUAACAUCAAUUGAUGCACAUCACUUUGUGUCUAACAUCAAUUGAUGCAUAUCAUCUUGUGUCUAACAUUAAGAGUCCCCACUCCUCCUUCCCCACUCCUCAUUCCCCACUCCUCAUUCCCCACUCCUCAGUCCCUACUACUCAUUCCCCACUCCUCAUUCCCCACUCAUCAUUCCCCACUCCUCAUUCCCCACUCCUCAUUCCCCACUCCUCCGUCCCUUCACCUCAAUGUAUCUGUAUGAUUGUAUCUGUACAGUGUUUAUUCCUUGCUAAAGAAAAGUUGCUAAUUGUCCAUAUGUUAUGUUAGGUCAUAUUGUCAUGGUUCGCACAAUUUUUGUUAUCUUUUAAAAAUAUUUGACAAAACAAAUUCUUGGUGGCUAGUUGCUCCACAAAUUAGAGCUAAUAUUUAUUUAUUAUGACCACACUCAAGUACUUAUUAUCCACUGUGGCAACAUUUUCCUUGACUUCAUCUUUGUUGACAUUUCUUUCAGGGCUGCACAAAAUUGAUGAUUCUCCUAUUAUUGAGUUGGUACAGAAUCUCAAUUUGUCCCAUCUACAACUGGCUGAGACACGUGUGACAAGUGCGUCUCUCAACGCCAUCGCCUCGAGGAAUGUGCCAGAUCUGGUUAGAAUUUUGUUGUAUUCAUUUUGUCUGCACGUUUAUUAUCAUUGUAUAAAAUAAAUAACGUACAUGUCUAUAAAAGGAGAGGUUGAUAAAAUAAUUUGCCAUGACAGAAAUAAUAAAUCAUAAUUAAUCAGACUUGGGUGUUUUCUUUCUUAUAACUUAGAAAUGUCUUAAAUUAUUACUUGCAGAGAUAAAUAUUUGCUAUUGUUGCCAUCUUUUAAUAAUAAUUGUGUGAGCAAAAAUGCUGAGAAAUACAUUUUUAAAAAUUAAAUGGAAAUUAAUGUACAGAAAUGAUAAGACCGUGUCCAUUGUUGUCCUCCAGCUGAAAGAGUUGGAUAUCUCCUGGUGUGAUGAAAUGGAGGACUCCGAGGGUCUUGAUAAUGUUGUUCAGACUUGCACAUCGUUAGACAGGCUCAUGUUGCGAGAGUGCUGUCAUUUCUCCACUCCCCUGGACCUGUUGGCGGCAAACUGCCAUAACAUUACAGAACUCAGUGUCGCCAGCAACAUGGGUAAAAAAAGUUUGUUCAACUACGUAAAAUGAGACAAGAGUAGAUUCUUUUACUUUCCAUUUACCCUAUACAUUUAACACCAUGCUGUGUUAAAAUUGCUGUUAACAUUCAUCACAUAUAGAAGAAUUGUGAAGGAUAAGCAUUAGAUAGGAAGUGUCUGCACAUCUGCUUUAGAUCUAGGAAGUGGAACUGACAUGUUAGUGGUUUGUUUCCCCACAUCUGCUUUACAUCUAGGAAGUGGAACUGACAUGUUGGUAGGCAGUUUCCCCCCAUCUGCUUUAGAUCUAGGAAGUGGGACUGACAUGUUGGUGGUCUGUUUCCCCCGUCUGCUUUAGAUCAUGUUUGUAACCCAGGUCUUCUGCUUCCUUAGAACAGACCCCUAGUUGGAUUGACUCCUGGCCAUCGGGACCCUAUUUUGUUGUCUGACAUUUCAAAGAUUGUUUUCUGAUUUUACUGUCACACUUGUCAAUGAUUGUUCACCGAUUUUACUGUCACACUUGUCAAUGAUUGUUUUCCGAUUUUACUGUCACACUUGUCAAUGAUUGUUAACCGAUUUUACUGUCACACUUGUCAAUGAUGGUUUUCUGAUUUUUCUGUUGUUUUCUUUUGUCCUCAGCUGUGAUCUCCGAUGAAAGUGUUUUUCUGUUGUCCAAAAGUUUACCUCUGCUUGAAAAGAUUGAUCUGGGAUGGAACACAAGUAAGAGCUUUUAAUUUAAUGUCAGUUUCGGUCUGUUUCAAGUUUUGACCUGUUUCAAGUUUUGGCCUGUUUCAAGUUUUGGUCUGUUUCAAGUUUUGACCUGUUUCAAGUUUCGACCUGUUUCAAGUUUUGGUCUGUUUCAAGUUUUGAUCUGUUUCAAGUUUUGACCUGUUUCAAGUUUUUGACCUGUUUCAAGUUUUGACUUGUUUCAAGUUUUGACCUGUUUCAAGUUUUAUGUUAUUAUAACUGAUUGAUAAUUUAUCACUGCCAUCAUGAAGGAAAAAAAAAAAAGGUUGCUUUGGGAAAUAAUUGAGGAGACAAAAAUAGAUAAACUUGUUUCCUUUAUUAAAUGGUGAUAAUAGUAAAAAUGUCUUGAGUGCUGUUAAAUGUAACUUACUUGACUGCAUCAUUUAGAUAAACUUGUUUCCUUUAUUAAAUGGUGAUAAUAGUAAAAAUGCCAUGAGUGCUGUUACAUGUAACUUACUUGACUGCAUCAUUUAGAUAAACUUGUUUCCUUUAUUAAAUGGUGAUAAUAGUAAAAAUGCCAUGAGUGCUGUUACAUGUAACUUACUUGACUGCAUCAUUUAGAUAAACUUGUUUCCUUUAUUAAAUGGUGAUAAUAGUAAAAAUGUCUUGAGUGCUGUUAAAUGUAACUUACUUGACUGCAUCAUUUAGAUAAACUUGUUUCCUUUAUUAAAUGGUGAUAAUAGUAAAAAUGCCAUGAGUGCUGUUACAUGUAACUUACUUCACUGCGUCAUUUAGAUAAACUUGUUUCCUUUAUUAAAUGGUGAUAAUAGUAAAAAUGCCAUGAGUGCUGUUACAUGUAACUUACUUCACUGCAUCAUUUAGAUAAACUUGUUUCCUUUAUUAAAUGGUGAUAAUAGUAAAAAUGCCAUGAGUGCUGUUACAUGUAACUUACUUCACUGCAUCAUUUAGAUAAACUUGUUUCCUUUAUUAAAUGGUGAUAAUAGUAAAAAUGCCAUGAGUGCUGUUACAUGUAACUUACUUCACUGCAUCAUUUAGAUAAACUUGUUUCCUUUAUUAAAUGGUGAUAAUAGUAAAAAUGCCAUGAGUGCUGUUACAUGUAACUUACUUCACUGCAUCAUUUAGAUAAACUUGUUUCCUUUAUUAAAUGGUGAUAAUAGUAAAAAUGCCAUGAGUGCUGUUACAUGUAACUUACUUCACUGCGUCAUUUAGAUAAACUUGUUUCCUUUAUUAAAUGGUGAUAAUAGUAAAAAUGCCAUGAGUGCUGUUACAUGUAACUUACUUCACUGCGUCAUUUAGAUAAACUUGUUUCCUUUAUUAAAUGGUGAUAAUAGUAAAAAUGCCAUGAGUGCUGUUACAUGUAACUUACUUCACUGCGUCAUUUAGAUAAACUUGUUUCCUUUAUUAAAUGGUGAUAAUAGUAAAAAUGUCUUGAGUGCUGUUACAUGUAACUUACUUCACUGCGUCAUUUAGAUAAACUUGUUUCCUUUAUUAAAUGGUGAUAAUAGUAAAAAUGUCUUGAGUGCUGUUACAUGUAACUUACUUCACUGCGUCAUUUUAUAUAAUUUUUAAUUCAAGAAAUGAGUUUUGGAUUUUUUAAUCUUUAAUUAACAACAGUAUUUUUUCAGUUUUUUAAAAUUACUUUAAAUUACCCGUAGACUUUGAUAAGCUUAUAUCCUUAAUAUUUUGAAAUAUCAAUUUUAUUAGUCACUAAUCACAAAUUUAGUUCAACCUAUCCUAAAAUAUGACCCCUUAAAAAUCCCAAACGACUUGUUCAUUCCUUUUAGUAAAUAGCAACAUAAUGUGUGCUUGAAUUAAUGAUAUGAAAUUGCCAGAGCAACAGGGCUAAAAAGGUGUUGAACUUUGCACCUAGGAAUUGAACUUUGAACCUAAGAAAUGAACUUUGAACCCAAUGACGUUAAACAAAACACUUGUCAAUACCCUUAACCCGUUCACUUGAAUGAUGAUUUUAUGUAAACACAUAUUUAAUCCACCAUUGAUGCAUGCUAUUUCAGGUCUGACCAAUCAAUCUAUUCAAGCCUUACUGAGCAAUUGUAGACGCCUGACCACUGCUAUUUUAGAGGGUCUCAAGAUCACGUCAGCACCAUUCCUUCAAAUAAUUACUGGUCGGUUUGGCAUAGCUGUAAUAUAUGGAUGUAGUUCACCGGUUAUUGCUCAAACAAAUGGUAGCUUUACUGACAUUCAAUUAAUAUGUGGAGUGAUGUGUCAUGGAGAUGUGCUGCAAAUAUUCUAAUGAAAUGUGUUGGGAGGGUAGCCGUAGGAGCUUUCACCUUAAAUUUAUUAAAUAUUAAAAAAUGUUUUUGAUUUUUAAAUAACUUUUUCCUGAAAAUUGUAUUAUUUUAUUUUAAAAAUUCCAGUGCCAGAUGAACUGAAGAAAUUCUUGACAGAAGCUGUGAAUAAGAAAAUCCUUGCUCAUAAAGUUAGCCUGAAUGAUUUUAUUAUAAAGGUACAAACUACAAAUAUUAUAACGGUUUGUAAGAGAUUUAUCUGUGUAGAAAAACUGCUUGUAUAGACGCUGGCAAACCUAUCAAAUGGGGAUAAAGAACAUGUCAAUCUCUGUCUGAAAUUUAAUCUUUGAAGCAUUAUACUUUAUACUUAUAUGAUAUGUUUAAUAAUCACAUAUUGAAAGAGUUUUCUUGACAACAAUUGAAAGAAACAUUCUCACUUGGAAAAUGACCCCUUAAAAUGACCCCUUAAAAUGACCCCUUAAAAUGACUCCUUAAAAUGACCCCUUAAAAUGACCUCUUAAAAUGACCCAAGGGUGAACAGCAUCCUGAAAUGUAAUAAUCUAAAAAAAUGUCCUUAUGUUUUAAAAGAGAAAAAAACAAAACUAGCAGUUGCUAUCUAAGGGUUUAAAAUGGUCACAACUAAGCAUUCUAUUAAUACAUCACAACUAAAUCCUCCCAUCAGUCUAUCACAACUGAGGCCUCCCAUCAAUACAUCACAACUAAAUCCUCCCAUCAGUCUAUCACAACUGAGGCCUCCCAUCAGUCUAUCACAACUGAGGCCUCCCAUCAAUACAUCACAACUAAAUCCUCCCAUCAGUCUAUCACAACUGAGGCCUCCCAUCAAUACAUCACAACUAAAUCCUCCCAUCAGUCUAUCACAACUGAGGCCUCCCAUCAAGACAUCACAACUAAGGCCUCAUAUCAAUACUUCAUCAGCUUUCAGAGCUUCCAUGCCUGCCACACAGAUCCAUGAUGUACUGCACAGAACUGCAAAACUUGUCUCUCAAUUACUGUGACUUUGUAGAGGACGGGGAUCUGCAAGAAAUAGUCACA